UCUCUUGCGAUUCGCGUCACGGCGGCGUCGGUGUGAGAACCCUCCCGGACGCUGGGUCGCGGCGGCGGCAGCGGGCGGCCCCUCCGCUGGUUUGGGGUCCCGGCGGCCGCGGUUCCGAGCAACACGAGACGCGUGGCGAGACGGCGGCGAGCUCUGGGUCAACUCCCUAUCCUAAAAGUCCAUCCUCCCAAGAAGAAGGAACAGAAAGACCUCUUUGUAAGAAAGGCGUGGGUAUCCCAUGAAUGAAACAGCAGAAAACCGACUGGAGUACAGCAGGACUCCAGAGCCAGAUAUAAGGCUCAGAAAAGGGCACCAACUUGAUGGUACAAGGAGAGGUGACAAUGGCAUCCACCAAGGAGAUCUGGAGCCUCUUGUAGAGGCAUCUGCCCUUUCUUCCUAUCAUAAAAAAAGCUUGGAGGAACAUCGGUGCGAUGAUGGAGCGUCUCAGGAGGACGAGGGGUUUAUGGGCAUGUCCCCCCUCUUACAAGCCCACCACGCCAUGGAGAGAAUGGAAGAGUUUGUGUGCAAGGUCUGGGAAGGUCGGUGGCGAGUAAUCCCUCAUGACGUGCUACCCGACUGGCUCAAGGAUAAUGACUUCCUCUUGCAUGGACACCGGCCCCCUAUGCCUUCUUUCCGGGCCUGUUUUAAGAGCAUUUUCAGAAUACACACUGAGACAGGCAACAUCUGGACACAUCUCUUAGGUUGUGUGUUCUUCCUGUGCCUGGGGAUCUUUUAUAUGUUUCGUCCAAACAUCUCCUUUGUGGCCCCCCUGCAAGAGAAGGUGGUCUUUGGAUUAUUCUUCUUGGGGGCCAUUCUCUGCCUUUCUUUUUCGUGGCUGUUCCACACAGUCUACUGCCACUCAGAAGGGGUCUCCCGUGUCUUCUCUAAACUGGAUUACUCUGGUAUUGCUCUUCUGAUUAUGGGAAGCUUUGUCCCUUGGCUUUAUUAUUCUUUCUACUGUAACCCACAACCGUGCUUCAUCUACUUGAUUGUCAUCUGUGGGCUGGGCAUCGCAGCCAUUGUCGUCUCCCAGUGGGACAUGUUCGCUACUCCGCAGUACCGGGGGGUGAGAGCAGGAGUGUUCUUGGGCCUUGGCCUGAGUGGCGUCAUUCCCACCUUGCAUUAUGUCAUCUCGGAGGGCUUCCUGAAGGCCGCCACCAUAGGGCAGAUUGGCUGGUUGAUGCUGAUGGCCAGCCUGUAUAUCACGGGAGCAGCCCUGUACGCUGCCCGCAUCCCCGAGCGCUUCUUUCCCGGCAAGUGUGACAUCUGGUUUCACUCCCAUCAGCUCUUCCACAUCUUCGUGGUGGCUGGCGCUUUCGUUCACUUCCACGGUGUCUCGAACCUCCAGGAGUUCCGCUUCAUGAUCGGCGGAGGCUGCAGUGAAGAAGAUGCACUGUGAUACCUGCCGGUGGCCAGGGACUGUGACCCUUAACCAGGGCCUGCGGUGCCUGCAGGCCUCCCUCACUGGCCGGUGACGCCAGUACCGGAGGAGCCCCAAACCCUGGCGGCCUCGUGGGCUUUGUGACGCCCCGGGGCUCCAGGUGGUCCGCGACUGGGAAAACAAAAAUAAAUCCCACCUCAGAGGUGGAGAAGAAGAGAGACGACCUGAACCCUGCCUUGUUCUGGGUCUGAGUGAGGGCCCUGCGAGAGCCGGGCAAACUGGCUUCUGAGCCGUGUCCCGCUUCUUUGUAGAUGUCGGGACAGUUUAGCUGGAGGCUCAUUCUUCUCCCUGCUCUCUCCUGAAAACAGUAACGCAAACCAGUUUCGGUGAACAUUUAUAUCCUAUAAGGGGUGGGGUGUGCUUUUGGGAGAACAAAGAAAUUAAUGUAAAUAAGAUUUCUAACUUACUGUUUAAAUAAAAAUUUAUAUAAAUGUUUAAAGCAUAGGGGUAGGG